AAUGGCGACCCAUAGUGAGUCUGACUCUGUCCCACAUUUCUCAGACAUGGAUUCCCCUGGAAGCUCUGUUUCCUCUUCUUUGCAAAGAGAAUACGAAGAGCUUCUUAAGUACGCUGUUGUUACACCGAAAAUUCAAGUUGUUCCAAGUGUGUACGAGCCAUGUAUUCCUUCGAAAGAUGAUAGUAGCGCUGCCUUCAUUGAAACAAACGACAGCAGCUCUACGACUUCGAAAACUACGUCGGUGUCGACUCAAAGUUCCCAACCAACAACAGAGGAAUCGCAUUUAGUCGAUAAAGAAGAAGUGAAGAAACUUUCGGGAACCCCCUCUCUCAAAGUGUCGUUUCAAGGACAGGGAUCAAUAGCUCGAGAUUCUCUGCUUCGAUCAGAAACAGAUGCUGUUUCACCAGUCAUAGCAGAAGCUGAACAUGAAUCAUCAUUAUCUCACACUGCUGAUGAGUCACCAGACUCCCCAGUGCCAUCCUCACCUGUAAUAGAUGCUGACCUGGCCAGAAUGGAGGCAUUAUUGGAUAACUGGUGUUUGGAUCUCAAGAGAAAUGUUUUGGCUGAAUUUGCACAGUGUAAAAUGGGGUUAUUUGAAAAACAGAAACAGCUUUUGAUGCAGGAGAAAAGAAGACACGGCAGUGAAAUGCACAAGCUGAUGAAUGAGAUGGAGAGUCAAAAAGAGUUGUUACUGACUUAUGAACAGACCCUGACACACAAAGACUCUAUUGUUACCAACAUCACACACGCUAUUCACAAACAGAGGGAAAGAAAUGAACUUAUGAAGGCUUUUACCUUGUGGAAAAUCAGACACUGCGAUGAAAAAAGAGAGGGUUUUGCAUCCAAACUUGCCGGAAGACAUUACAAACACGCUUUAAAGUCACGUGCCUGGAGUGCAUGGCGGUCUGUUAUUGAAUCCAAAUGGAAACAACGAGUGGAAAAAGCAUGUCAGGCGAAAGCUCAAGACGUGUGUGUCAAGUUGACGGAAGACUAUGAAAGUCGUCUCGCAACAGCCACCCGUGAGCUGGAAAUAGCGCGGAAUGAGAUAGCUCAUCUUCAUGCCGAGAGGGAACGGUAUGAAGAAACUAUGAAAAAAGCUUUCAUGCGCGGAGUGUGUGCACUGAAUUUGGAAGCCAUGACUAUGUUCAGAGAAGGUGAAGAGGGUGGCAGACGACCUCCGCCUGCUGCUGCAGGAAUCAACAACAACGAUGAAGAUAUGCCACGUCAUCAACCACCUCUUCCAACUGUAACGACAUCUGGUCCAGCUGUCACGCAACAUCAGUUUAGUCACGUGUUUUCCAGACAUCAAACUUCAGCUGAGAAGCCUGGCCAGAUGGGAAAAACUGUUACCGUGAAAGCUGUUUGCAGAUCAGACAUUCAGGGACAAAGAGGCGGCGCCGGUUUGGUAGGUACCCAAGGGCCUGUUAGUUCAGUUCUCGUUCAGAAGCAUUCCUCAGAAUAUGGCACCUCAGGAGCCCCUCCGACUCGUCAGCGUGCACCAAUUAAAGCAGCCACCACGAGAAUAUCGCGUGGUCCAAGCGUGCAGACAAUCCACACGACUCCGGUAAAAGUUGUACACUGAAAUCCGCGCUAGUUUUUCCCCGCCACAUGAAGUCAUAGUCUCAACUGCUUGUUACUAGUGAUAGGUCGAUUUAAAUUAAUUGAUUUUUGUAAUUUUGUAAUAAAUCAUUUGCCUUGUUUUA